GGAUCCGGACUGGAGCCAGGAGCCACAAACUCAUCAAUAAGACAAUAAGAUAGUGACAUGAGUGACAUAGUCAACAUGGUCAACAUAGUGGCGGUGAAAAUUGCUAGUUUCUCCUAGAGAUUGAUCCUUGACGUAGCGAUUGACGUACGACGGGAGCGGGUCACCCAGGAUCGAGGCAAUUGAUCCAAUGUAACUUUUUCGUUUCUCGCACAAGGUUAUUCUUGCACUUGUCACCUUGCACAGAAAAUGAGCUCGCACCAUCAUCUCAAUUCGUCGUCUGGCGAAAUCAAUCACAUUCACGUUCUCUCCGAGGACAUGGGAUCGGUUUAUCUCUCGGAGGAAUACGCCGACGUGACUAUAGUAGUGGCGGGUCAAAAGUUCCGUAGCCACAAGCUUAUUCUCGCGGCGCGUAGCGAGUACUUUCGGGCAUUGUUGUUCGGCGGCAUGAAGGAAUCGAUGCAAAGCGAAAUCGAGUUGAACGCCUCCUCCUUACCCGCGUUCAAAGGCUUGCUCAAGUACAUCUAUACCGGACGCAUGUCGCUUACUAACGAGCGGGAUGAGGUCAUCCUCGAUAUUCUCGCGUUAGCGCAUUUAUAUGGAUUCAUGGACUUGGAGGCAGCUAUAUCCGACUAUCUCAGAGAGAUAUUGAGCAUAAAGAAUGUAUGCUCGAUUCUCGAUACCGCCUUCCUCUACCACAUGGAGUUCCUAACUAACGUUUGCUUCGAGUACAUGGACAUACACGCGUCCGAAGUUAUACAACACGAGAGUUUCCAACAGCUCAGCUCGUCCGCUCUAACCGAAUUGAUUUCCAGAGAUUCCUUCUGUGCACCGGAGACCGACAUUUUUUCAGGUGUACGAUCCUGGGUCAAUUCCAAUCCCGAUGUCGAUCCAACCCAAGUGCUAGAUCAACUGAGAUUGAGUUUGAUUCCGUUGUCGGAUCUCCUCAGCACCGUUAGAUCAUCUCAGUUGGUGCCGGCGGACGCGCUCUUGGACGCGAUCGACGUACAGACGCAUACGCCCGACUCCAAGCUUCCCUAUCGUGGCCAUUUGCUCAUCAACGAGAACGUUGCCCUUUCGUCGCACGGUGCUCAAGUGUUGCAAGGAGAAAUGCGUAGCUUCCUACUUAACGGCGACACGCACAACUACGAUAUGGAACGCGGUUACACCAGGCAUACUAUAUCUGACUCGGAAGAACAUGGGAUUCUUAUUAAAUUAGGAUCGCAGUAUAUUAUCAAUCAUAUCAAAAUGUUGCUAUGGGAUCUAGACUUGCGAUCCUACUCUUAUUAUAUAGAGGGAUCUAUGAAUCAAAAGGACUGGGUCAUGCUUGUCAAUCACAAACAUUAUUCCUGUCGCAGUUGGCAGUAUUUAUAUUUUGAGCCUAGAGUAGUGCUGUACAUUCGUAUCGUAGGGACAAAUAAUACAGUGAAUAAAGUUUUCCAUGUUGUCAAUUUUGAAGCAUACUACACGAAUCAUACAGAGAAACUUUCACAAGGCUUCAUUGUACCGACGAAAAACAUUGCUACCACCGAGCGAAGCGCAUGCGUUAUCGAAGGUGUGAGUAGGUCGCGUAAUAAUUUAUUGAACGGAGAUACAUCCACUUACGAUUGGGACAGCGGUUACACGUGCCAUCAACUCGGCUCUGGAUCUAUUCUGGUACAAUUGGGCCAGCCAUACAUGAUAGAGUCUAUGCGGUUACUACUUUGGGACUGCGACAACCGCUCCUACUCGUAUUACAUAGAAGUAUCGGGCAAUGCCUGGAGUUGGAUAUUGGUCGCUGAUAAAACCAAGGAAGCCUGUCGGUCUUGGCAGACGAUACACUUUAAUCCGCCCCGUCCAGUAGUUUUUAUCAAAAUAGUCGGCACUCACAAUACUGCAAAUGAGGUCUUUCACUGUGUUCACUUUGAAUGUCCGGCGCCAGUAGAUGACAAAUUUUCCAAAUCGCCCACGCAAGAGGGACACACGUCACUCGACGCUAUUAAUUCCUCGCCCGCUCCACCUCCUCCCCCGCCCGAGAUAGCUACGGAAGCAGUUCAUAUCGAUAGCGAUGAAUCGUAACUAAACUUGUUUUGCCAACUAGAUGAAUUUGACCGAUUCGUCGUCAAGUGACCUCGAUGCAACCUUUAAGACUGUUCAAUAAUAAUUCAAUAUGAUAUUGUAAUUUGUCCUCUUGUUUUCUCGUUUACGAAUCUUAUUCUUAUUAUGCCGAUUACUUUAAGGUGUAACAUUUCAACUAAGAUGCAGCAGCUGUCAAUUUUUAACAGCAAUUGGCUCGCUUUCUCAUUUUUAGCAUUUCUUUUCCACUUCACAUAUAUAUAAAAAGUGUUAUUUUUCUACGUGAUUUUGUACUUAAAUCUAAAAGCGUAUCGUUAUUCAACACGAUCCUCUCCAUCAUGAUACCAUCACAUAUAGUUGCUUUCUUGCUCUUUGAAUGUUGUUUCUACCAUCGUAAAUUAUAUUAAUAUAUUUUACAUUGUAUAAUAUUAAAUAAUGAGUAGUCUUGGAUACUUUUUCUCUGUCGAUAUCUUCUCUAACACGAUGACAAUUGGUCGUGACGAAAGGUGAUAAUAAAUUGGCAGCUGCCGUAAGUUGUUUAUAUAGAAGCUAUCUUCCAGUUUUUUUCUAUGUUACCAAGUAUUUUCUAAGCGCGCGAUUACCUAUAAUACGAUAUAAAUACUCGUGUUACUAUAACGGUGUCUGGUUUUACAGUAUUUCUCAUCGUACAAAUAUAUAAAUUUUCAUUGCGGAUCUUUAAUGUGUACACAAGCGUAAUUAAUUAUUUUUCUAGUCUACGUAACAUUGCGAUGUAGCGUAUAUCUAUCUUUAAAUGUUUAAAUUAUACGAGAACUUGAGUUGCGAGCAUCAAUAAAAUAUUUUCGAUGAAUGAAA